GUCAAACUUGUCCGAGGCCCCAGAAAUGGCCUACCUUCUCCUAGUGACGAGCAUCGUCUUCUCUGGCUCAGCUUCUCCACAGCCUUCCUUCCCACGAAGUCUCGCUCUCGCGCGCCGUGUUCGUUGCCGGCGUGUCUCUGAUUCCUCAGAGGUGUUAAAAUCAGAUGAAGGUGCUUCGAAGUUGGAGUACAAGCGAGGAAUCCUCGAUGAUUUCUUCAUGCAAUCGUUCCGGAACAAACUCGUCGAGGAAGUCGGGUCGGAUUCAGAGAAACCCGGUUACGUUGGGCUUAUUGAGCUGGUGAAGCUUCUCUUGUUGAAAAGUCGGACUAGGUCGGAGACAAGUGAUGCAGCGGUUCGAAUCCUGAAAUCGCUGUUUCCUCCGCUCAUAUUAGAGCUUUACAAGCUUCUCAUUGCUCCUAUAGCACAAGGGAAGAUAGCUGCAUUGAUGGUUGCUAGAGUUACUGUACUUACAUGUCAAUGGCUCAUGGGACCUUGCAAAGUAAAUGUCAUCGAUCUUCCUAAUGGAGAAUCUUGGGAUAGUGGGGUUUUGGUGGAGAGGUGUCAGUAUCUAGAAGAGAGCAAAUGUGUGGGAGUAUGCAUCAAUACUUGUAAACUACCAACUCAGACAUUCUUUAAAGACUACAUGGGAGUUCCUCUGUUGAUGGAACCAAACUUCAAAGAUUAUAGUUGCCAGUUUAAAUUUGGGGUAGCUCCACCGGAGGAUGAUGGCAAUGUUAAUGAACCGUGUCUUGAGACAUGCUCCAUCGCCGGCCGCCGGAAAUUAAAUUCCGGGGUGUGUCCUAUGGCGUAAAUCGUCGUUUUUAUGACAAGUAAUGUAUGCACAUGCACCGACAUUAGGUGGCGUUGUGGUAUCUUGAUUUGAUUCCAUGGGAAGUAUAAUUUCGUUUUGAAGUGGUGUGAUCUACUUCGUAAAUAGCAUAAUACAGAUUUAUUUCUUCAAGAGCUGUCAUAUACAUGUUACAAUGUUCUCAUAAUAUUGGUGUUGAGCAAGUCUUGAUCGGUAUACCAAAUAUUGAUCCAUGUAUUUGUAAUGUUUGGAUCUUGAAAAUCCGAAACUUAACAAGUGCGGUUACAAAGCUAUGGCUUUUCCUUGGGUUGCUUUUGUUCUUCAGAUGUUCUUUUUGGUCUUGAAAAGUGUUCAGAUGCAUUGCCGC